AUGCCCGCGCGAGAGGCAUCGCGCGCGUCGACGGUCGGGGAGAACGCGACGGAGGCGAAGACGACGACAGUGCCGCGAAGGUCGAGCGGGCGGAACGCGACGACGACGGCGACGGUGACGGUGACGACGACGCCGCGAACGACGCGGGCGAGCGAGAGAGGGGACGACGGUGAAGAUAAAGGCACCGUCGACGCCGCGGUGACGAUACCGAGACGGGCGAGAACGGCGACGCGACGGCGUGUGCGACAGAAUCCGACGACGGACUUGGGGGGCGUCAGGAGCGCGGAUGUGAAGGAUGAGGCGAAUGGGAACGCGGGUGGCGCCUCAGACGCGGGCGAACGGAAGAAUCCAGGUGCGAUGAAGAGGAACGAGAACGAGCAAUCGAACGGUGAGAAGCGAAAGGGCCCACGAUCGGACUCACCGAGCGAGGAUAAUAAACCGGCUGCGACAAAACCGCGAAUUCGGCCUAGUAAGAAUGAGAGAGAAAUCGCCGAGGCGUUGUUCAACCUCGCCACGCUCGCCGCAGACGUUGACACGGGUGGGGGGACUAAGAAGAACGCGUCGAAGAGGCCGAAGAAGCGAACGGUGACGAAUGUCGCGCAGGAGAAGACGACGUCUGGCGUGAACACGGUGACGAUUCCGCCGACGAUAGGGGACAUGGGCGGCGUUUCGAACACGGUGGCCGGGUACGAAUUAGCCUAUGGCGUGGGCGCACCAAUUUCCGGUCCCGUUGAUUACAGCGCUCAGUACGGGGCGAGUGCGGUGAAUCGCUAUGGCGUGAGCUUCGUGCCUCGCGGGAAGCCGUUCCAAAACUCGGCGUUGCACGUGUACAUCGCGCAUUUCAUCGAUUUGACGCAGCAGGCGGCGAAACAGCAGACGCUGGUGCAUCAAGAGCUUGCGGCGCACCUCAGUGGGAGCAUUGGGAACGCACCGUCGCCUUCGGACGUCGGAGCGCUCAUGGCACACGCGCAAGAGGCUGGAACUUCGGGAGUAGGGGUAUUCGGCGCGGCGAGCGGGCUUCCAUUCGUCACCCCGCACGCGAUGGCGGCGAUGAUGUCUGGACAACCGGGCGGGGGAGCGCCCGACAUGCAACAGGUGCAGUUCAUAAACAUGAUGAUGCAAUACGCCGCGGCGUUUCCGAUGUUUGGAGCUCCUCCGGGGUUUGGUCCGCCCGCUCAGGGCGGCCAUGACGGAGUCGCGGCCACGGGUGGGACCGGAGGCGUGUCAUCGAAUAUGUUUUUUCCGCCGAUGCCCUUCACGCCGGGAGUUCAGAGUGGGGCAAAGGACACCACCGGAAUGCCGCCGAGCAUGAUGGAUCCGCGAGCUCACCCGAUGAUGAUGGCGAUGAUGAGCGGGAUGAUGCCGCCGCAGAUGACGGCGCCGUCGAUGCAACCCACGCAUGGAACCGCGGGCGAUAUCGCCAAGGACGUCGCGACCGCGGCGACCGCCGCGAAAUGA